AGAACGUUGGUUUUUCCAGCUCUGCUGCUGACAACUCUGGAGGAGAUGAACCCACAUGAGCUGAAGACAUUUCAGUCUUUCCUGACUAGUGGCCUGCUGCCUGACUGUCCUCCCAUCCCAGAGAGUCAGCUGGAGAACGCUGACAGACAGGUCACAGUGGAUCAGAUGGUGAAGACAUACGGCCCUGAGAGAGCUGUGGAGAUCACACUGAGGAUCCUGAGGGGGAUGAAGCGGGUAGACCUAGCAGAGAAGUUAGAGACAGAUCACAGAGGAGGUAACAGAACAAGAAUGUACAUCAAUCUAUACAUCACAAUCACAGUUCAGUGGAGGUCUAACCAGAAAGAACAUUCAACUGACUUCAUAAAACAUUCAGCAGGCCUCUCUUUUAUCAUUUUUAUUCAUGAUGUAUCCAGGUUACCCCAUUAUGUUUAAACAGCAAUCCAACAUUCAUUAUAUUCCAUACAUACAAUUACCAAUGCAGUAGGGAAGAUAUCACAAACGGAUUAGACUUUCUAAUCAUGGCUGUAUAUCUCUUCCUGAGCUUCCGAAUUUGGAAGAUGAACCAGAAUGAUCUGGCAGAGAAGUUAGAGAGAGAUCAGAGAAGUAGGAUUGUAGAUAAGGACCCUAACUGUCUCUCUAUCCCCCCUCCUAUCUUCCCCUCUAUUUCCCCUGUUUCCCCCUCUUUCUCAGGUACUGCCUCAACCUCUCACCUGCCCUUAGUCCCACCAGGCCCCGAUCCGUCCUCUCCCCUGUGUGGUUACCCCCCAUUUCCCCCCUUCUCUCCAGCUCUAUCUUCUUCCCAGUGUGGUUACCCUCCAGGUCCUCCUCCUCCUUCCUUUCUGUCUCAUCUAGGUUCUGGUAGUAGCUUAGGACAGCUCAUCUCACAGGUAAGAGGACGGUUAGAGAAUUUUAGGAUCACUUCUACCCUCAUAUGUUAAAACACCUGUACUCACUGUCAUAGUCAGUUCUACAGUAUGAAAUGAUACAGUCCACACAUACAGUCUAGAUAAUUAACUAAUCUCUCAUGUACACUAUGAGUGGUGGGGGUCAGACUGCAUCCCUACACACAUACACACUCACCAUUAGACAAAAAAGCUGUGAAUAUAUUUAUGUAUAGCCGUGUGUGUGUGUGUGUGUGUGUGUGUGUGUGUGUGUGUGUGUGUGUGUGUGUGUGUGUGUGUGUGUGUGUGUGUGUGUGUGUGUGUGUGUGUGUGUGUGUGUGUGUGUGUGUGUGUGUGUGUGUGUGUGUGUGUGUGUGUGUGUGUGUGUGUGUGUGUGUGUGUGUGUAGGAGGAAGCUGCCUCUGAGAUGGAAAGGAAGCCAGCAGGGGAGGAGAGUGGAGAACUCCCCAGCACCUCUUCUGGAAUGUGAGUGGACAUAGAGUAUAUUAUCUAUUAUCUACCUGGUACAGCCAGGGCCACCCCUCAGAGUGGAUAUGAGUGGACAUAGAGUAUAUUAUCUAUUAUCUACUAACAGAGAUCCCCCGGGUGUAAUUCAUACUCUGUACUAGUCUGUUCUCUACUGGUAAAGAAGGGGACUGGCCAACCCUCAGAUCCUGGUUCCUCUCGAGGUUUCUUCCAGUGGAGGACAGCUCAUAGUAAUGGCUGGAAUGGAGUCAAUGGAAUGGUAUCAAACAUGUUGUUUCCAUAUGUUUGAUACCAUUCCUUGAUUCCAUUCCACCCUUUACUAUGAGCCGUCCUCCCAUCAGCAGCCUCCACUGGUUUCUUCCUAGUCACUGUGCUUCUACAUCUGCAUUGCUUGGUGUUUGGGGUUUUAGGCUGGGUUUCUGUAUAAGCACUUUGUCACAACUGCUGAUGUAAAAAGGGCUUUAUAAAAUAAAUUUGAUUGAUUUGCUAUAGGCACUGGUAAGAUUGAAUAUAUGAGUCUACUGGUAUGGUGCUGGAGAGAAAUCAACUUUAAAAGCAGUGAAUUGCCCCUCUAACAUCUCUUCUAUACCUCUAUUACAUCAUCCUCAUGACCUGUGAAAUGAAUGUAGAACAGUGAGGUGACCACAGCAUGUGGUGGUGGUGUAGGGGAACAGAGCAGUGUGUGACUGUUUCCUGUGUCCAGGUUGAUCCUGUCUGAGGGGGAGUGUCGUGAUCUGGAGGCUGAGAUCUCUUGGCUGAAGGUGAAGCUGGUGCUGAAUGUAAGACUAGUGGCCAUGUCUAUAGUCAAUGUGAGCAAACCAUGUACAGUAGAUCACAAUAUUCUCUGAAGACACUGCAAUCUACUGUGUGUGUAUGUUUGUCUGUGUGUGUUUGUAGAGGAGAGGGCGGCAGUCAGAGGCCAACAGGGAUGAGCAGUCUGCCAAACUCCCCAGCACCUCUUCUGGAAGGUGAGUGGACAUAAUACGAUGAAAUGAGUCUAAUAUUAACAACUCUACCAUAACAUAUUUUAUUACAUCAUCCUCAUGAACUGUGAAAUGAAUGUAGAACAGUGAAGUGACCACAGCAUGUGGUGGUGGUGUAGGGGAACAGAGCAGUGUGUGACUGUUUCCUGUGUCCAGGUUGACCAUGUCUGAGGAUGAGUGUCGUCGUCUGGAGGCUGAGAUCUCUAGUCUGAAGGAGAAACUGAGGUUCAUGAAGGUAACACUAGUGGUCAUGUCUGAGAGGUCAAAUGUCAUUGUGAACAAACCCCAUAUAGAUCACAGCCACAUACAGUGGGGGAAAAAAAAGUAUUUAGUCAGCCACCAAUUGUGCAAGUUCUCCCACUUAAAAAUAUGAGAGAGGCCUGUAAUUUUCAUCAUAGGUACACGUCAACUAUGACAGACAAAUUGAUAAUUUUUUUUCCAGAAAAUCACAUUGUAGGAUUUUUUAUGAAUUUAUUUGCAAAUUAUGGUGGAAAAUAAGUAUUUGGUCACCUACAAACAAGCAAGAUUUCUGGCUCUCACAGACCUGUAACUUAUUUUUAAUAGGCUCCUCUGUCCUCCACUCGUUACCUGUAUUAAUGGCACCUGUUUGAACUUGUUAUCAGUAUAAAAGACACCUGUCCACAACCUCAAACAGUCACACUCCAAACUCCACUAUGGCCAAGACCAAAGAGCUGUCAAAGGACACCAGAAACAAAAUUGUAGACCUGCACCAGGCUGGGAAGACUGAAUCUGCAAUAGGUAAGCAGCUUGGUUUGAAGAAAUCAACUGUGGGAGCAAUUAUUAGGAAAUGGAAGACAUACAAGACCACUGAUAAUCUCCCUCGAUCUGGGGCUCCACGCAAGAUCUCACCCCGUGGGGUCAAAAUGAUCACAAGAACGGUGAGCAAAAAUCCCAGAACCACACGGGGGGACCUAGUGAAUGACCUGCAGAGAGCUGGGACCAAAGUAACAAAGCCUACCAUCAGUAACACACUACGCCGCCAGGGACUCAAAUCCUGCAGUGCCAGACAUGUCCCCCUGCUUAAGCCAGUACAUGUCCAGGCCCGUCUGAAGUUUGCUAGAGUGCGUUUGGAUGAUCCAGAAGAGGAUUGUGAGAAUGUCAUAUGGUCAGAUGAAACAAAAAUAUAACUUUUUGGUAAAACCUCAACUCGUCGUGUUUGGAGGACAAAGAAUGCUGAGUUGCAUCCAAAGAACACCAUACCUACUGUGAAGCAUGGGGGUGGAAACAUCAUGCUUUGGGGCUGUUUUUCUGCAAAGGGACCAGGACGACUGAUCCGUGUAAAGGAAAGAAUGAAUGGGGCCAUGUAUCGUGAGAUUUUGAGUGAAAACCUCCUUCCAUCAGCAAGGGCAUUGAAGAUGAAACGUGGCUGGGUCUUUCAGCAUGACAAUGAUCCCAAACACACCGCCCGGGCAACGAAGGAGUGGCUUCGUAAGAAGCAUUUCAAGGGCCUGGAGUGGCCUAGCCAGUCUACAGAUCUCAACCCCAUAGAAAAUCUUUGGAGGGAGUUGAAAGUCUGUGUUGCCCAGCGACAGCCCCAAAACAUCACUGCUCUAGAGGAGAUCUGCAUGGAGGAUUGGGCCAAAAUACCAGCAACAGUGUGUGAAAACCUUGUGAAGACCUACAGAAAAUGUUUGACCUGUGUCAUUGCCAACAAAGGGUAUAUAACAAAGUAUUGAGAAACUUUUGUUAUUAACCAAAUACUUAUUUUCCACCAUAAUUUGCAAAUAAAUUCAUAAAAAAUCCUACAAUGUGAUUUUCUGGAAAAAAAAUUAUCAAUUUGUCUGUCAUAGUUGACGUGUACCUAUGAUGAAAAUUACAGGCCUCUCUCAUAUUUUUAAGUGGGAGAACUUGCACAAUUGGUGGCUGACUAAAUACUUUUCCCCCCCACUGUACUGUGUGUGCCUGUGUGUGUGUGUGUUAAAUUUCCAACUGUAAUCUAUUAUAUGAUGAUAUGAGAAUGAGAUAUUGAGAGACCAGUAGAAAUAUUCUAGUACGUCUUAACAAUAUUAAUAUAUUCAUGUUCUUUAUUUUAUAUCAGUAGUCAGUUUUUCUAUUCCUUCCUCACUGUUGUCACCUUUGUUGUUUUAGAGAAUGUUGGCUGUUCCAGCUCUGCUGCUGACAACUCUGGAGGAGAUGAACCCACAUGAGCUGAAGACAUUUCAGUCUUUCCUGACUAGUGGCCUGCUGCCUGACUGUCCUCCCAUCCCAGAGAGUCAGCUGGAGAACGCUGACAGACAGGUCACAGUGGAUCAGAUGGUGAAGACAUACGGCCCUGAGAGAGCUGUGGAGAUCACACUGAGGAUCCUGAGGGGGAUGAAGCGGGUAGACCUAGCAGAGAAGUUAGAGACAGAUCACAGAGGAGGUAACAGAACAAGAAUGUACAUCAAUCUAUACAUCACAAUCACAGUUCAGUGUAGGUCUAACCAGAAAGAACAUUCAACUGACUCCAUAAUAACAUUCAGCAGGCCCCUCUUUUAUCAUUUUUAUUCAUGCUGUAUCCAGGUGACCCCAUUAUGUUUAAACAGCAAUCCAACAUUCAUUAUAUUACAUACAUACAAUUACCAAUACAGUAGGGAAGAUUUUACAAACAGAUUAGACUUUCUAAUCAUGGCUGUAUAUCUCUUCCUGAGCUUCCUAAUCUGGAAGAUGAACCAGAAUGAUCUGGCAGAGAAGUUAGAGAGAGAUCAGAGAAGUAGGAUUGUAGACAAGGACCCUAACUGUCUCUCUAUCCCCCCUCCUAUCUUCCCCUCUAUUUCCCCUGUUUCCCCCUCUUUCUCAGGUACUGCCUCAACCUCUCCCCUGUGCGGUUACCCUCCACGUCCCCCCUUCCUCUACCCUGGCUCGUCCGAGGAGGUGUUGUCGUUAACUUCUGCUGGUAGCUCAGGAAACUUCAUCUCACAGGUAAGAGGACGGUUAGAGAAGUGUAGGAUCACUUCUACCCUCAUAUGUUAAAACACCUGUACUCACUGUCAUAGUCAGUUCUACAGUAUGAAAUGAUACAGUCCACACAUACAGUCUAGAUAAUUAACUAAUCUCUCAUGUACACUAUGAGUGGUGGGGGUCAGACUGCAUCCCUACACACACACACACCAUUAGACAUAAAAUAUGUGAAUAUAUUCCUGUACCAUGUUGUGUGUAUGUGGCUGUGUUCAUGUUCUUUAUAUCAGUAUCCAGUAUUUAUAUUCCUUCCUUAUAUCUUGUCACCUUUUUAGAGACCCCAAAUAUUGUCUGGUUCAGCUCUGCUGCUGACCACUCCAGAGGAGCUCACUGAAGAACAGCUGACUAAUGACGAGCUGCUUAGCGUUCUUUCCAUCCCAGAGAGUCAGCUGGAGAACGCUGACAUACAGGUCACAGUGGAUCAGAUGGAGAGAUACGACUCUUUGAGAGCUAUGGGGAUCACAGAGACGUUCGACAGAUAUCACAGUAGAGGUAACACAGCAAGAUGAUAUAUCUAUCAUCGCACACUCAGUUCUGGGAUAUUGAGUGAUAGAGAUUGUAUUCAUACAAAGAUCCCGCACAGCCUGUUGACUGAUUCUGAACUGACUAUUACACUAACCUGUGGGUAUGUUAACCAGCCAACAACACUUUAAACUCUCUCUCUCUCUACUCUCUCUCUCUCUCUCUCUCUCUCUCUCUCUCUCUCUCUCUCUCUCUCUCUCUCUCUCUCUCUCUCUCUCUCCUCUCUCUCUCUCUCUCUCUCUCUCUCUCUCUCUCUCACUCACUCACUCACUCACUCACUCACUCACUCACUCUCACUCACCCCUACAGGAAAGAAAAGGAGAACAAAUGAGCCACCAUCCUGGCCUGUUCUCGUUUCCAGGGAUAAAAAGAGUGAGGAGGAUUGUGUCCCACUGACUGACGGAGCUCCGCCCAUCAUCAAACAUAAGGUGCCCGAUUGUCCCUGCCCUUCUCACUGCUGCCAUGGUGGGCAACAUGUUCACAAUAGAACAGAAAACAGGUCAAAUUUACAUAGAACAUUUUUCUAUUAUAGAAGUAUGUUUCUAUUCUGUUGAUUUGAAUCUAGGAAACCCCAAAGCUGGAGAUGGACUGUCCUCCCAUCCUAGACAUCCCACUGGAGAUGGCUAACAGUGUCAACACAGAGGUAGCUGUGAAUACCCAGGAGAACACCCAGAGGAUGGACGAGGAGUUGGGAAGAGAAAGGGGUAACAGCUAAUAUAUUAAUCUGGAUCAAUGAUGAAGUUGAAGUUGUAUAGAAAAACAUGAUGAUUGAUCUAUAUUUGGUUCUCUUAGAUUCUCCUCUCUUCCUGGAACACCAUCACAUGGUAAGACCCUCAUCAUGAAGAGAGAAAGACUGAAAGAGAGAACAUUUUAAUUUAAAAACUAUUCUUCACACUAUUGGUUGAAUUACAGUAUCUAUUGUUUCUACAUUUUAGAGUUCUCCAGAUGAAUUUACACCUGAAAUCCACGAUCAGGACAACAGGAGAGAAUACCAGUAACUUAAUAUAUUUAAUGUUUCUUAUUGGUAGUUUCUAUAAAAGAAGGACAAUACCUUAAAUCCAGGAAAUCUCAUUAAAAUGAAAUCCUUCAUUGUUUGUUCUACAGGUUCCAGUGCCUCCGUUCAGGUCUGUUCCAGUGCAGUAUAACAGGCCUGGUGUUUAGGAUGGAGGGAGAGGGAGAGGUGCUCUAUAGGACAGUCCCCUGGAACAGGAGGCUUCUAGCCCAGAGUGGCAAGAGACCUGCAGGACCCCUGUUCAAGUUGACAUGCCUUAAGGGGUCUGUCUGUCAACUACACCUCCCACACUGUGAGAUCUACAAUAGUGAGUAAUAAUAUUGUGAAGAAUUAAUUUCACUUUUCAUGUUUUCUGAAAGAACAUAUUCUCAUUAUUUGCUUAUUUAUUUACUCAUUAUUAUGCAUUUUAUUUUCUGCUAUAGUCUCAGCAUUGUUAUGUUUGUCUUGUUGGUCAGAGAAAUCUCUAAAUGUUAUAUUUCUUUACCAGGUGGUUUACCAUGUGACUUCCUGUCUGUAGCCCAUGUGACUGAUGAAAACAUGGAGUUUAUCCGUCCACAUAAGAUAACAGAAACGCACGUCAUAAUAAAGAUCAGUGGAUUCUCUGCUUAUGGUGACGUCAAGGAUGAAGACUCACCCACCGUUCCUAUAAGAGCACUUGUCUUGUUGUUCUACAAACCCCCAGUUGUUCCUAAAAAGAGAUCCAUCCUGAAUGUGCUGUUGCUUCCCAGAAAUGUUGUGAUCAGGGAGGUAAGAAUAUCUGAAAUGUCAAACUCUACUUUGGCUGAAUUCAAUUAAGCACACAUUGUGGUAAAUGCACAGGACAUUAAACCACAAAUUCAUGUUUUGUUAAUGUUAUUGCUUGUACAAUGUUUUCUGAUUGAAACAUACUAACAAAAUGUGCUUUUAUGAAAACAAGGUGCAGGAGGAGUGGAUAAGAAGGAAUGAAGACAGAAACAUCUAUAUUGAAACAAAUUCUCACUGCCAACUAACUCCGAAUCAAGAAUACAACCUCUCCACAGAUCUUACAGAUGAAUAUCUAAUAAAACCAAAGGUGAUAUCUGAGUUAGAGAGAGAAUAAUCAUUGUUUGCACAUGCAAAUGAUCUUAUGAUGUUACCUUUAUAUAUUUAAUUAUUAUAUCAUUUGAUAGACUAACACUAUCUUUCUACCAGGAUGCAGAAUUUGUGGAUUUUGAAUCCUAUGAAAACUACAUCCCAACAUUUCAGUUGUUCAUACAAACUGUUGUUGAACAAGUUAAUCUUCUUCUGAAAAAGAAAAUGGUGGUGUAGUGUCUGUCUGGGACAGACUUGUCUGGCUUCCAGGUAAGACGUAGUAGUAGUAUUAGUAGUAGUAGUAGUAUUAGUAGUAGUAGCAGUAGUAGUAUUAGUAGUAGUAGUAGUAGUAGUAGUAGUAGUAGUUUUUGAAUUGUUGUUAUUGAACUAUGAAAUGAUUAUUUUACUUUUGUACCUUUAUUUUAUCAGGGAGUCAUACUGAGACCAAGGUCUCUUUUACAGACGAGCCCUGAAUUAAAAUAUAUAUUGUAUCAUAUGAUUAUGGUUGGUUAUAAUGAUUAAUCACCAUUAGAAACCUCUCAAUAACAAACUACAGAUUCAUCACUAUUAUAAACCUCUCAAUAACAAACGAGAUUCAUCACCAUUAUAAACCUCUCAAUAACAAACUAAAGAAAAUGUAUCUUAAACAGUAUCUUAUCAUCCUAGAUAGGAUUUUAAUACAUAAUUUCCCCCUCCCAGUGUCAGCUGUUUCCCCAGCAGCCCCUCCUGCCAACCCCUCUACCCUCCCUGGUAGAGGCUUCAUCAGAAAUCACAGGAUGGCUCUAGAGACUCGCCUGGGACUCUUGCAGCCCUUAUUCCAUCGUCUCCAGGAUCAUGGUGUUCUGAUUGAUGAGGAGAGGGAGGAGGUGGUCAGCAAAUCCAGCAAGACCCUACAGAACCAAGCCCUGCUGGACAUGGUGGUGAGGAAGGGGGCUCGCGCCCAGGAACACUUCUACCAGGUCCUGAAGGAAGUAGAUCCCUACCUGGUCGAAGACCUGGAAGAGCAGACAGUCUGA